UGACUAAUUUUUUAUGAAAGUUAAGUUGGUAAGAAGUGAAAUGGUAAUAGAAUCACAAGUAAUUGACACUAAAUAAAUGAGCUAUAACUAUUAAAUCAAUUAUAUUAAUAAAUUUGAAUACAAAUUAUUAAUAAUUUAACUCUUAAAAUACUAAAGUUCGUGAAAAAAUCCGGAAGACUCCCUCUCUUAAAUCCAAUGGUGAAGUUUUGUAUUUUCUCUUAUUUUAUAUAAUUGAGACAGCUGAUUUAGGAGGGAAUUUGACUUGAAAAAAAGUUCAGCGGCCAAAUUGACUUUUACCCCUAAAAUACCCUGAGACCAAAUGGAAUUCGAAAAAAAAGAAAAAAGAAAGAAGAAGGAACUCUAGCGCACACAGCCAUCUCGCCUCACGCUCAGUCGCUGCCAUAUUUGUGGGACUCGACGGCAAGCAGCCUCUGCUAUCCAUUUAACAGCUUCAAGUAAAAUCCAGCAAUGCCCAUCUCCUGAAUCUCACAGUAUGCUUUUCCUGAUCUUUUCAACAUGUACUCUAGUAAAUCGCAUCCCUUUCUUAAACAUUUCUCAUGUUUUAUUGCUUCUUGGAAACCCAACUCUUUUCGUACGAGUUCAAGAAAAUUUUUAGUCAAUCCAUUUCUUUUAUCACAAAACACUGAGGAGGCUUUAACCAACCAAAUUGAAUUCCUCUUACGAUCUGGUUCUGAUCCCUCUUCCAAUCUCCACCACACCAAACAAAUUCAUGCCCACUCCAUUGUCAAUGGAAUCGCCAACAAUGGCUUUCUUGGAGCUAAGAUUUUGGGUAUGUAUAUUCUUUGUGAUAGUUUCACGGAUGCCAAGAAAUUGUUUUAUCAGCUUGAAAUAUUAUACUUUGCUAUGCCCUGGAAUUGGAUGAUUAGAGGGUUUAAUAAAAUGGGUUGUUUUGAUUUUGCCUUGUUGUUUUACUUUAAAAUGUUGAGCUGUGGAGUUUUUCCUGAUAAGUAUACUUUUCCUCCGGUAAUUAAGGCCUGUGGUGGUUUGAAUAAUGUGAGAUUGGGUAAGAUGGUUCAUGACACAAUUUGGUUGAUGGGUUUUAAUGUAGAUGAGUUUGUAGGUAGUUCAUUGAUAAAGUUGUAUGCGGAGAAUGGUUGUAUAGAAGAUGCUCGCCGUUUGUUUGACAAAAUGCCAAAUAAAGAUUGUGUUUUGUGGAAUGUCAUGCUUAAUGGUUUUGUGAAAUGUGGGGAACCAAAUAGUGCUGUAAAGGUGUUUGAGGAUAUGAGAAAUUGCCAAACUAAACCCAAUUCAAUAACAUUUGCUUCUGUUCUUUCAAUCUGCGCUUCUGAGGCAUUGUCUGAAUUUGGUAAUCAGCUUCAUGGGCUUGUUAUUAGUUGCGGUUUUCAUUUUGAUCCUCUUGUGGCAAAUGCACUUGUGGCUAUGUAUUCUAAGUUUGGGCAGUUGUCUGAUGCUCUUAAACUUUUUAAUACUAUGCCUGAUACCAAUGUGGUUACUUGGAAUGGGAUGAUUGCUGGGUUUGUACAGAAUGGGUUUAUGGAUGAGGCUUCGCUUUUGUUUUCUGAGAUGAUAUCUGCUGGUGUUAGUCCAGAUUCCAUCACAUUUGCUAGUUUCCUUCCGUCAGUUACUGAAUCAGCAAGUCUCAAGCAAGGUAAGGAAAUUCAUGGUUAUAUAUUGAGACAUGGCAUAGCUCUAGAUGUAUUCUUGAAGAGCGCACUCAUUGACAUAUACUUUAAGUGCAGGGAUGUAGGGAUGGCAUGUAAGAUCUUUAAACAAAGCACCAACGUUGAUAUUGUAGUCUGCACAGCUAUAAUUUCAGGCUAUGUGCUAAAUGGGCUGAACAAUGAUGCUUUGGAGAUUUUUAGGUGGUUACUUGAAGAGAAAAUGAGUCCAAAUGCUGUAACUUUGGCAAGUGUUUUACCUGCAUGUGCUGGUUUGGCUACUUUAAAUUUGGGGAAGGAAUUGCAUGCUAACAUUCUCAAGCAUGGGCUUGAUGAGAGGCGUCAUGUGGGAAGUGCAAUUAUGGACAUGUAUGCGAAAUGUGGAAGGUUAGAUCUAGCAUAUCAAAUUUUUAGAAGAAUGCCAGAAAAGGAUGCUGUUUGCUGGAAUGCAAUAAUCACAAACUGUUCCCAGAAUGGCAAACCACAAGAGGCCAUUGAUCUUUUUCGUCAAAUGGGGAGGGAGGGAUUGAGUUAUGAUUGUGUGAGUAUAUCAGCUGCUCUUUCUGCGUGUGCAAACUUACCAGCACUCCAUCACGGGAAAGCAAUUCAUAGUUUUAUGAUUAAAGGCGCAUUUGAUUCUGAAGUUUUUGCUGAGAGUGCACUUAUAGACAUGUAUGGGAAAUGUGGAAACUUGAGUGUUGCUCGCUGUGUGUUUGAUAUGAUGCGAGAGAAGAAUGAAGUCUCGUGGAACAGUAUUAUUGCUGCUUAUGGGAGCCAUGGCCACCUUGAGGUUUCUCUUGCGCUGUUCCAUAAAAUGUUAGAGGAUGGAAUUCAACCAGAUCAUGUUACCUUUCUUACUAUACUAUCUGCUUGUGGACAUGCUGGUCAAGUUGAUAAAGGAAUUCAAUACUUCAGAUGCAUGACUGAGGAAUAUGGGAUCCCUGCUCGGAUGGAGCAUUAUGCAUGCAUUGUAGAUUUGUUUGGCCGUGCAGGACGUUUAAAUGAAGCAUUUGAAACUAUAAAGAACAUGCCAUUCUCACCUGAUGAUGGUGUUUGGGGGACAUUGUUGGGAGCCUGUCGGGUCCAUGGAAAUGUUGAGCUUGCUGAAGUGGCUUCAAGAUGUCUACUUGACCUGGAUCCAGAAAAUUCUGGCUGCUAUGUUCUACUCUCAAAUGUACAUGCUGAUGCCGGACAGUGGGGAAGUGUACGCAAAAUUCGAAGUUUAAUGAAGAAACGAGGAGUUCAAAAAGUACCUGGGUACAGCUGGAUUGAGGUCAACAAAACCACACAUAUGUUUGUAGCUGCAGAUGGUAGUCACCCAGAGUCUGCUCAAAUCUAUUCUGUACUUAACAAUCUUCUUUUAGAGCUGAGAAAAGAGGGUUAUUGUCCUAAACCAUAUCUUCCAAUGCAUCCACAAACUUUUGGGUUGUGAUCAUUGGAGAAUUUUAAUCAUGUUUGACAGUCAGGAGCGAAGAGACAUAGUUGAGCAUAUGACCCAUGUUUGGUCGGAAGAUUACAACCUGUUAGGAAUCUUUUCGUGGCUUUUCAAUUGGCACAUUUAUAUAUCCACGAUACAUGACACAGGGGACCUCUACCAUAAGAUGUGGAAGGAACUUCCUUCAGAAGUUUUAAAAAAUGCAGCGAUAUUACUGGAAGGCCAUGAAUUUCAAGGAUGGGAGUAGAGGAUAAUCUCCAGAAGCUUGCAAAAAUGCAAAGUGGUCUAAAUGUCUGUGUUUGGAGGAAAAAGUGGGAAGGUGCUUUUAGUUCCACAGAAGUUAAAGCAACAGGGACUACAACCUUCUCCUGCAACAUAUGGAUUACUCAUGGAGACUCCUGAGCAAGCAGGAAACUGGUUCUGAUGAAGUUGUGAUGUGGUACCAAAAUUGGUUGGUAGCCUCCAUGAACUCAAUAACAGGAUGUUAUUGUUCUGGGUUGCUUCAAUCUCCAUUUCAGUUUGAGAGGGAACCAGUCAAAUAGUAAAGGGUAACAAGUUUCUCCGAAUGCUUACUAUCAAGGCAAGACAGAUGAGGCUGUAAUUGACUGUUGAAGGCAUGUAAUGAUGAGGAAUUGUGGGGUUUUCUGCCCUUUAUUAUGAUCUUGCUCGAUUUGCUACUUCAUAGCAUAUUACCACAUGGAAGAAUCCUUGCCCCCUGUGCUCCCUAUCGGAUUGAGAUCCUCUCAUAUUUUAGAUUACAUGAUAGCUCAUGUUAGUACAAUCUUAACCAUUUAAUUCAAAUUCAAUGGUUGAGAUUUUAUUAUUCAACAAAUAACUACCCACUACAUAAAAUUUAAAUUAAUUUUUUUGGUAAAAUCUCAAACAUUUGACUAGAAUUUAAUGGUGAAUGAAGAUUAUAAAACAUGACAGGUCAUGUUCCACAUCAAUAUGAGAGAAUCCUAUAUAGUUUGUUCAACAUCAAUAGUAUUAUUUUAUAAAACUUGUGGUUAGCAAAUCUGGUUUGUGCAUUAUUCCAAGAAUUAGUUUAUGGUUAACUAAUAUUUGUCUAGCCAUGCUUUGCUUUUGCUUUACCAUGCGCUUCAUAAGAUUACCAUUUCCAACCUGAACCGAGUCUAAGUGUAUAAUUUGUUAAAAUUUGUGGAGAGUGAAACAUUAAGUAUCAAAGCUUUGCUUAAAUUGUAAUUGUAUAGUUGAAUUUGAAACGUUCAUGAAGCACCAUCAUAAUACGAAACAAGCGAGGGAAAGAAAAUUGUCCCCCAUAUUGUAAUCUAUAUUGGACUAUCUAAUAGUAAUAGUAAUAUGAAUAUGAAUUUACUAUUUAAAUUUAGUGUGAAUUUCAUAAUUUAUGUGAGAUGACUGAUCAUGAAUUAUGGUCUAAAAAAUUGUAUGCUAGCAAGGGAGUAUAGAUAGGAUCGGACAAUCGUUAAAACAUGCAAAUGUUGAGCAUAUGUUCAGUAAAAAUUGCAUUAGACAUAGUCUCUAUCCAUGUAUGUAGCUUUUCCAUUUUUUUAAUCUUCAACUUUAAGUGUUUACCGCUAAUUAAAUUUUGGAUUAACCAUAUUCAGUCUUUAGCCAUAUAGCCUUUCCAUAUCAGAUGAUCUAAUGGACCAUAAUCUAUAGAUAAUUGAUACAUAUUCAUUAGUUUUAAAUAAUUAAGUAUGUGUCAAUUAUCUAAUAUCAAAAUGUAAAAUACUCAUAUACACGUGUUACUCUCCUAUUUAUUGCGGCAUCUGGUUUAGAUUUUCAGAAGCUAAUGGCUAAGUUUCCUUUUCCACUACUUGUGUGCACACACAAAAACCAUCAUAUUGCCUUUUUUUUUUUUUUACUUGAUACCAAUUCCUCUAUACUAAACUUUGAUUCACAUAUAGAUUGUCUUCUUCUUGGACUUGUUAAUAAUUGUGAAUGGAUCCGGUUUUUAGAGAGGCAUUCUAAUUUUGGCAAAAUCCCAGUUACACUCUCAUUUGCCCUCUCUUUUCAAAACUUCUUCAUCUUUCUUCUAUCAAUUCAAGCACAUUUCAGCCACUUGCUCAAAAAGAAUACUCUUUUCAAAGUGAAAUUCUCUAUUUGAGUCUCCAUGAUUUAGAGUCAUCAAGUCUUUUUUUUCAUGUAGCAUUUGGUUCAAAUCGUACAAAUAAUUCGUUAAUAUUGUGUCAUCUAUCAAAUAAAUAAAUAAAUAAUAUUUUCCGUAUCUAGAUUAUUAACAAAUUAAGAUAUUCGUUGACAGUGUCUAUAUCAAAUGUAUCCAUGUAAUUUCUGCACUGCCAUAUUUAUAUUCGGCGCGUUAUAGUUGCCAUAUUUGUUUUUGUACAUCAUAGUUGCCAAUUCUAUCGAAAUCCACUCCAAAAAUGAAAAGAAAAUAAAAAUAGAAAAAAUAUUAGGUGAUUCGAAGGACCAAUACAUUUUCGGUGGCCCUCUCAUAAACAAAAAAAAGGAAAAAGAAAAAAAGAAAUAGAUAGCAUUAGACAUAUGCCUAUAUACUCCCCUUUCCUAUUAGAUGAAUAACUGUAAGAUUAGAUAUAAUAUCAUUAAUGAGUGAAAUCGAAAAUCAGAUUUUCUCCUACCAAAGGAAAGCAUAUCUUCAACUCUUUUUUAAGUAACUUUAGCAACAGCCAUAGUAUAAAAUCAUAGGAUAUUUUCAUUUUUUUUCUUCUCAUCAUACUAUCUCAAUCUUUCUCAGAAGAAAUUUCUUGAAAACUGUUUUAUUAUUCUUCAUCCAGGUCCAAACAAUG